UAUACUGUUUUGCACAGGUAGAAAAUGAGCCUUGCAGACAUUCUAAGCCCUUCUGAUAUUGCUGCUGCUCUGCGGGACUGCCAAGCUCCAGAUUCCUUUAGUCCCAAAAAAUUCUUUCAGAUCAGUGGGAUGUCUAAAAAGAGUAGCAGCCAGAUCAAGGAGAUCUUCCGGAUUCUCGACAAUGAUCAAAGUGGCUUUAUUGAGGAAGAUGAGCUCAAGUAUUUCCUUCAGAGGUUUGAGUGUGGAGCCAGAGUGUUAACUGCCUCAGAAACCAAGACCUUCCUGUCAGCAGCAGAUCACGAUGGGGAUGGGAAAAUUGGGGCUGAAGAAUUCCAAGAAUUGGUGCAGUCUUAGAGGUUCAAAAGGACCAAACAAGGUGGAAUUGGGAUGAAUCUGCAUGAGACACUCCAAAACCUUGACAUGAUGGUGACAGUGUCUGUUAUUUGUUCAUUGCCUUAGCAACAUAAUGAAACAGUGAUUGCUGAUUUUUUUUUUCAUCGUGUGGACCAUUUAUCAUGUUCUAACUCUAUUUUAGCAGGCACUUCCCUUUAAAAUAUCCAAUAAAAAUUAAUCAUAUGCUGUAGCUUGCGUCUGGUUUUCUGACUGCUAAACUGAUAUUAAAAAGUGUUAAUCCCUCCAAGAUCAUGAUAGACCUUUAUAUAUGAACAUCUGUUGAAAUCAGUGUGAGGACUGUUUGUAACAGGUGUUCUGGGUUAAGUUUGAUGUCCUUGAAACACUCAGGUCUUUGUCAAAACCCAGAUGUAGUUGUGAGGUAGGUGAGGAUAAAAUCUCACCACCAAGCAAAAAACAGUUAGGUAGUCUUGCUUAAGUGGUUUCUGCAUGAGAUUGCUCCAGUUUCUAACUGCUCUUUUUGUAUUAGCCAGUUAUGAGAACUAGAACAUAAACCCCAUAUGCUUUGGUGCAGAAAGGAUUAAAAGGAAAGUCUAUGUGGACUUGAGGUUUCCAGUAAUGGUGAGGGUUUAAAAAACAGAGGGGAAGCAAUAAAAAAAAGGAACCAAUUAUCUUCUUGGUGGUAUUUCUAAGUGUUCUCAAUAGGGAGGACUAAGUAUGAUGGAAGAAUUUGUAGAAAUACAUGUUAAAAAUGAUCCAAUGUACUCCUCCUGCUAUUUCCAGGCUAUGUUACAAGUGUCCUUCACAAAAGCACCUGUGUGUGGGCAUGCUGAAGAAAUAUCUUUUUAUGAAGAAACAACUCAGUCACUAGAAAAGACAGAGUCUGGUGGUCUGAUGGAGUAUUUAUAUAUCCACUUGUUUUCUCAACCCCAGCAAGUGCUGUAGCCUGCAGUUCACGCACAGGCAGCUUGUAGGAGUCAGUAGAAUGCAAGAGAAGCCUUUUCAGGAAAGGGAAUGGUUUAGUCACUGCCGUUUCAAUACAUUUCUUCCUGGGCUGCCAACGACUACAUUCCAAAUUAACUGCAUUUUUUUCUUCUCAAAAGUCUCUGUGUACACUGCAGAAAAACACCAAAGUGGGAGCUGCAUUGUUUAUGAGCUAUUGCUAGGGAAGAGCCUAAAGAAUCUGAAUGCUCUCUCUUCCAGAGCAACAAAGCCACAGAACCCAGACGGCUGUGCUUUGAUAUGCUUAGCCCUUUUCUCUCUCUCAGUCUAUAUUCUUCAAACCUAAUAAAACAACGGUUGAAAAAUUCCUGUUGGCCUCAAACAUAUUUAUUAUCAAAUCAAAAGCAGUUCAAUGAAUAAACGUUCUCCAUUACUCAGCGUGAAGAAGAGCUAAUGGAGUGCCUAAUGUCUGCUGCACCACUGCAAAUUCUAGAAUGAUUCACUCCUAAAUACUCAUCUCUCUGUUUUCUCUGCAACUGUCUACACUUCUGGGAGCCAAGAUAUAUCUACUGCCUUUAAAAUAAAAAAGAUCUAUAAAUACAUAUACAUUAACCUACAAUUCCUCACACUUGGUGAUUGAAAAACAGAAUUUUUUGUCUCUGUGUUUUCAGCAGCUUAAUUUGGCAUACCAGUGGCUCAUAAGAUGAGUAUAUAC